UGGGAUAUGCCAAGUUGUAUCCUUGUCCCAUAUUGUGCCCAUAUCUGUAUCCAUAUUUAUGUAUCUUAGUGUGCAACACAUAUUUCAAGAUCCUAGAAUGUUUUUUAGGAUGUCUUUGUUGUUGCACAUCUGCAUAUUUGAGUUUUGAACAUCAAUAGAAUCUGGAAUUGCACUUAGAAAAGACAAUGGAAAAAGUUCUAUGGGACUCUUAUAGCUAGAAUAUCUUAUAAUGGGUUGCUGUAAGCGACAUAAUGGCGAUUCCAUAAUCUAGCAAAAAUUCUUCAGUUGUGACACACCUUAUGUUCUUUGCAUAGCUGAUUGUUUCUGUCCUUCGUGUGGUUAUCAAUUGCAAAAUGUUUUCAGUAAUGUCUUGAAAAUAUAGUCCUGGCUUUUCUGUUUUCAAGAGUUUCAAGUAUAGUCUUUUCAUCUUUUUGUCUUUCUAUUUUGUCACUAGAUGUUUAUUUCAGGAGAUUUAAACCAUAAAUGCUGUAUUUCACCAGUAGCAACAAGCACUGUCUUUAUGUCCACUACCAUCCUCAUCUCAAUGGCUGCCCUCAUAUUAUUCAACAAAAGGCAAGAAGAUUUUCCAUCUUUGAGAGAGUACAAUGACUACUUGGAAGAGGUGGAGGACAUGACCUUCAAUUUAGUGGAAGGAAUAGACAUCCCUGCCAUUGAAGCAAAGAUCGCAAAGUACCAAGAAGAAAAUGCAGAGCAAAUUAUAAAUUCUCGUGCUCGUAAGGCAGAAGAGCUUGCGGCAGCAUUAAGAACAAACCAAGGACAUUCUUCACAAACUGAUUCCAUUGAUGCGACAGGAGCCCAAAACACGCAAUUUGCUGCUAGUAUGCAGGGGCAGUAUGCACCUGCUAUGGCAGGGGGGGGAGCAUUCAUGCAGCCGAGACCUAUGGGUACUGCUCCACAGCCAGUGCCCAUUAAGGGCAUCCCUGACGCUUCCAUGGCAGAAGAUGAGGUCACGCUGAAACUUCGUGCUGAGAGGGGUGCAAGGGCGGGUGGAUGGACUGUGGAGAUUAGUAAGAGGAGGGCUGUUAUGGAGGCUUUUGGUAGUCUUUGGUUGUGAUUUUUCUUUCAUACACGAGAGGUAGAGAGGGAGAGGGAGAGGCUUGGAUGAUGUUAAAGUGGGUUAUUUCAAUGUUGGGGUUCGAGUGGGAAGCUUUUUGUGUUGGUAUGGGUCACGGGUUCAGGGAAGGGACUCUCUCUAAAAUUUUGAUGCCACUUGUGCAUGUCCUUGUGACACUCUGAAGCUGAAAGCAAAUUCAAGUGUACCAUUAUUUGGUCUCACGUAGUCGAUUGUGUACUUUCUCUCUCUUGCUGGUGUUGGAGUAGGAAGCUUUGUAUGUUGUUAGAUGCCUUGUGAUUCAGAGGAGAUUUCCGUGUCUCUUAUCUCGAUGCCAUAAUAUCUCGUGUUUUCACGAUUGUAAAAAGAUGAAUUGCUCUCUAUCACCCCUAAGAUCUUGAUGCAUUACAUCUCUGAGAAGA